ACACCCUUUCCAUUGCCAACAUUUAAUAUUAUCAAGCUCUUCCCCUGCACGCAAGAAGAGCUGUAGUCUUCUCCGUUACUCCCCAGGGGCCCUCAUUGAGCUGCCGUGCUCACCAUGAAGGCCACCCCGUUGCUCAUUUCGUGGCACAACGACAAUGCCCCCAUCUACUCGGUCCAUUUCGACCCCAAUGGCAAAGGUCGUCUGGCCACGGCUGGCAAUGAUAACAACGUCCGACUAUGGAAAGUGGAGACAACUGGCGAAGAACGAAAAGUGACCUACCUGAGCACACUGAUUAAACACACCCAAGCCGUGAAUGUGGUCCGUUUCAGUCCUAAAGGCGAGAUGCUGGCAUCUGCCGGAGAUGAUGGCAAUGUGUUACUCUGGGUCCCAUCGGAAUUGCAAACACAAUCGGGCCUGGGUGAAGAUCGUUCGGACGACAAGGAAACAUGGCGCGUAAAGCACAUGUGUCGAUCUUCUGGUGCAGAGAUCUAUGAUCUCGCCUGGUCACCGGAUGGCGUGUUCAUCAUCACAGGGAGCAUGGACAACAUUGCUCGGAUCUAUAAUGCUCAGACAGGUCAAAUGGUACGCCAGAUUGCUGAGCACUCUCAUUAUGUCCAAGGUGUAGCUUGGGAUCCUCUGAAUGAGUUCGUGGCGACACAGUCGUCAGAUCGCUCUGUCCAUAUCUACAGCUUGAAAACAAAGGACGGUCAAUUCACCCUCACCUCCCAUGGGAAAUUCCUCAAGAUGGAUCUCCCUGCCAAACGCAUCUCCUCCAGUAGCCCAGCUCCGCCAGAUCCUUCUAUUCGCUCCCAACCCGCAGCACCGAGCUCCGCUGCUGCUGCUAUUGUGUCCCCUGCCCCUUCUACCCCGGGCACACCGAUGACCUCAAAUCUGCCCAUGGAUCCUCCACCGGUGUCUCACAGCCGACGCUCAUCCUUCGGCUCAUCUCCCUCGAUCCGUCGAUCGGCAUCCCCAGCGCCAUCCUUGCCAUUGCCCGCAGUCAAGCCACUGGAAGUACCUUCACCAGGUCUGCUGGGUGGCCUUGGCGUGAAGAAUGCCAAUAUAUAUGCGAAUGAAACUUUUACCUCAUUCUUCCGGAGGCUGACAUUUGCCCCCGAUGGUAGCUUGCUAUUCACGCCCGCAGGCCAAUACAAGACUUCGCAUGUGUCUGCUACGGAUCCGACCAAGACGACAGAUGAGAUCACUAAUACUGUUUACAUCUACACUCGUGCAGGCUUCAACAAGCCUCCCAUCUCCCAUCUUCCAGGCCACAAGAAGCCCUCUGUGGCAGUGAAAUGCUCCCCCGUGUUUUACACGCUUCGGCAGGGUCCCCAGCCUGCGAAGCAUAUCACAUUAGAUACCUCGUCAACGGAGGAAUCUUUCCCUUCUCUUCCCGAGCCGGUAGUAAGCUCUACAGGGGACAAUGCUUCCAUGGAACCCCCAACGUCGGCGCCAAACGACCAAGCGAAGAAUAGCUCGACUCCCAAGGCCACGGAUCGAGCAGUAAGCCAGAGUCCUGCACCUGUAUUCACGUUACCUUACCGGAUCGUGUAUGCUGUGGCGACCCAGGAUGGGGUCAUGGUAUAUGAUACCCAGCAACAGACACCGAUUUGUGUCGUUAGCAAUUUGCACUUUGCCACAUUCACCGACUUGACAUGGUCAAACGACGGAUUGACUUUGAUGAUGAGUUCAUCAGACGGGUUCUGUUCGACCCUCGCGUUUUCCCCGGGAGAAUUGGGCCAACCAUACGUUGCUCCGGCAUCAGCGGCUCAACAGACAGGAGCUGCCGUUUCAUCCGCCAAUAACACGCCUCUCCCCACGCCCGUCACUGCCAAACCAAGCUCAGCGGUUCAAGCGAAUCCGACCCAGGCACCUCCUGCAAGUCCGGCACGGUCCAACUCUGUCUCUUCGGUUACGACACAGUCUGGUAGCUCGAGGCUCAUCAAUAACCCGACGCCCACGCUGGGAUCUGUGCCGCUGGUGACAGCAACCCAUUCAGCCCAGCCUCCGACACUUCCGCUCACUACCCCGCCGCAGACCCCCAUGUCCGCGGCCUCCCAAAGUGGGACAAGCUAUGUCAGCAACAGUGUUCUAGGCAAACGAGCCGGUGAAUCUGAGAAGGAGGACGACAAAGAUCAGAGCGCUGCUCCGCAGGCACAACAGCAGAAUCAGCAACAGCCGAAGAAGAGACGGGUUGCACCGACCCUGAUAUCAGCCGGCACCAAUCCGUCUGCUACAUUGCGUGACGAGCCACCCAAUGCUGACGUGGGCGGUUAAAUCUCGCCUGACAAAGACGUACCUUAUCUGGUCGCCCAAGUGUAACUAUUAUCUGCUGUUCCUCAUCGCUCUCCCCCCCACCUCUUCUUUUUAUCCGUGUAAUGUCAAACGCGGGC